ACGGUAGGUGGCAGCAUUCAGAAACUGGCAUUUUAAUCUGUCAUUAAAACCAUAGAAGAAGAAGAAUACUAGGGAAGACCUGUAAAACAAAUCAAACCCGUGACAGCGGAGAAUACUAACUGGGUUUUUAACAACUACAUAUUACACAGAGGAUAAAAGAGGAAAUCUACAAUGUCUUUAAAGCCACGGGUGGUGGAUUUCGAUGAGACAUGGAACAAGUUACUGACUACAAUCAAGGCUGUCGUGAUGCUCGACUAUGUGGAACGAGCCACGUGGAACGAUCGAUUCUCUGACAUUUAUGCCUUGUGUGUUGCGUACCCUGAGCCUUUAGGGGAGAAGUUAUACACAGAGACCAAAAUUUUUCUUGAGAACCACGUUAGGCAGCUGUACAAGAAAGUUCUGGAAUCGGAGGAGAAGGUUUUAGUUAUGUACCACAUGUACUGGGAGGAGUACAGUAAAGGAGCCGACUACAUGGACUGCUUGUACAGGUAUCUUAACACACAGUUCAUAAAGAAGAACAAACUAACGGAGGCCGACCUGCAGUACGGCUAUGGAGGAGUGGACAUGAACGAGCCGCUCAUGGAGAUCGGAGAAUUGGCUCUGGAUAUGUGGAGAAAGCUGAUGAUUGAACCGCUUCAGGCUGUCCUCAUCCGAAUGUUGCUGAAUGAAAUAAAGAAUGAUCGCUGUGGAGAGAACCCCAACCAGAAGGUAAUCCACGGGGUCAUCAACUCUUUUGUUCAUGUUGAACAGUACAAGAAGAAGUUUCCACUAAAGUUUUAUCAAGAAAUCUUUGAAGGGCCUUUUCUGAUAAAAACUGGGGAGUAUUACAAACAGGAAGCCUCCAAUCUUCUGCAGGAGUCCAACUGCUCACAGUAUAUGGAGAAGGUGUUGGCACGGUUGAAAGAUGAGGAGGUACGAUGUCGGAAGUACCUGCACCCCAGCUCCUACGCCAAAGUCAUUCAUGAAUGCCAGCAGAGGAUGGUGGCGGACCAUCUGCAGUUCCUGCAUGGGGAGUGUCAGAGCAUCAUUCGGCAGGAGAAGAGAGAAGACAUGGCCAACAUGUACACCUUGUUGCGGGCCGUUUCAAACGGGUUACCUCACAUGAUCCAAGAGCUGCAGGUUCACAUCCACAACGAGGGCAUCAGAGGCACCAGUAACCUCUCUCAGGAAAAUAUGCCAACUCUAUUUGUGGAGUCUGUUCUGGAGGUUCACAGUAAAUUUGUUCAGCUCAUUAACACGGUUCUAAAUGGAGAUCAGCACUUCAUGAGCGCGCUUGAUAAGGCUUUGACGUCUGUAGUGAACUUCAGGGAGCCCAAAUCCAUCUGCAAAGCCCCUGAACUUCUGGCGAAAUACUGUGACAACCUGCUGAAAAAGUCUGCAAAGGGAAUGACAGAAAACGAGGUGGAGGAUAAGCUGACCAGCUUCAUCACAGUGUUUAAGUACAUAGACGACAAAGACAUCUUUCAAAAGUUUUAUGCCAGAAUGCUAGCUAAGCGGUUAAUACACGGUCUAUCGUUGUCCAUGGAUUCAGAAGAAGCAAUGAUCAACAAACUAAAGCAAGCUUGUGGCUAUGAGUUCACCAGCAAACUUCACAGAAUGUACACGGACAUGAGCGUGAGUGCCGACCUCAACAACAAGUUUAACAAUUUCAUCAAGACGCAGGAGACGGUGGUGGACCUGGGCAUCAGUUUCCAGAUCUACGUAUUACAGGCUGGAGCCUGGCCUCUAACACACGUCCCCUCGUCCACAUUCGCCAUCCCUCAAGAACUAGAGAAGAGCGUGCAGAUGUUUGAGCGGUUUUAUAAUCAGCACUUCAGUGGGAGGAAGUUAACAUGGCUGCACUAUCUCUGCACAGGUGAGGUUAAGAUGAACUACCUGUCCAAGCCUUACGUCGCCAUGGUGACAACUUAUCAGAUGGCCGUGCUGCUGGCCUUCAACAACAGUGAGACGGUAACGUACAAGGAGCUUCAGGACGGCACCCAGAUGAACGAAAAGGAGCUUCAGAAGACCAUCAAGUCCCUGCUGGACGUCAAGAUUCUCAACCACGACUCUCAAAAGGAGGAGAUUGAAACCGAGUCCACGUUUUCACUAAAUAUGAGUUUUAGCAGUAAAAGGACAAAGUUCAAGAUUACCACCUCCAUGCAGAAAGACACCCCCCAGGAGAUGGAGCAGACGAGGAGCGCUGUAGACGAGGACCGCAAAAUGUAUUUACAAGCUGCUAUAGUCAGAAUAAUGAAGGCCCGCAAGGUGCUCCGACACAACGCCCUCAUCCAGGAGGUCAUUAAUCAGUCCAAAGCCAGGUUCAACCCCAGUAUCAGCAUGAUUAAGAAGUGUAUCGAGGUGCUCAUCGACAAGCAGUACAUCGAGCGAAGCCAGACCUCCGCUGACGAGUACAGCUACGUGGCGUAAGGGGGGGGGAGGCUCCAUACAGAGACUCAUGAGACUGACUGAGGACAAAAACCACGAUCAAACACACGAUCCCACUUAUCCAUUUAGGUUCAGGACGGUCACUGUCUGCUGUGUUUCUCUGUGGUGACUAAAGCAGGACUCGUGCCUCCAUCUCAGAUAAGAUUAAUGUCAUGGUUUCACGUCGGACACCUCCACCCAUAAGGCCCUUCUUCAAGCCCCUCCCACUUUCUGAUUUUAAACUGUUUACAACAUCACCAGUGCCACGCACCUGUGCGUCUAAAGAAAAUGCCUAAAGCAGCUGGAGAGGACGGAUCUGCCGAUCUGCCGGCAGGGACACAGGAUGGGGACAGGACUACUUGUGGCAUCAAUGACUUGUUGGUGGCUACACAAUAAACAAACUUGCUUUCUUUUCUCACGUUUGCAGUUGUGUGUUACUUUCUUUGUUAAAUGUACUGAAUUAGGAACAAUAUUGUAACAAAACUGCUAUAUUGACUAUUGUUAUCUACUUUAAAAUGUAAAGAAACAGUGACAAACAUGAUCUUGCUGCUUGUCAAAUAAAUCAAUAAAAACACUGAAGGCUUUUA